CAUAAGCGUCGCCUGCGGGCCCAGGUGGUCUUCCCUGUCUAUAUUUACGGGCCUUCUUUGCGCCCAUGAUCUACAACCCUUGACUCGCGGCCUCAGGAUCGUAUACCUCGUGUUGCUCCGGGUGCGCCAGCGAGGAACCAGUCUAUCUAUACCCUCUACCUACGGACUACCAUCCACGACUCAAGCCCAAACAGUCUGACCCGAUAACCAUCAAGCACACGAAAGAUACCACACACCUCACGCGACCGAUCCGAUGGAACCCGCCCAUCCCCCCGAAGGCGCGAGGCUGGUGGGUGCCGCAAGGCGCACCCUGGGCAUCUGUCUUCUUCUGGUGGUCGUAUUUCUCUGGACGGCCUCCAAUUUCCUGGCCAGUACUAUCUUUGCAGACGAUACAUACUCGAAACCGUUCUUUGUGACAUACAUCAACACCUCCCUGUUCAGCCUCCCUUUGUUCACCAUCAUCUCCAGUCGGCUCUUCAAACUAUGGCGCGUAGGGAAGCUUCAUCGCAUCCGCUCGUUUCAGAGCUUGUUGGAACACCUGGAUUCCUAUGCGACGCAUGCUGAGGCCCGCGGGAUACUCAGCCAUGAAGAACGCUGGCGCAGCGACCAAGACCCUGAGACAUGGGCUACUUCUCCUCGGACAUCUAAGCUGGGGCUGAGGGCGACAGCGAAGCUGAGCUUUGAAUUCUGUCUCCUAUGGUUCUCCGCCAAUUACUUCGCAAUGGCUUGUCUCCAAUAUACCACAGUAGGAAGCACAACCAUCCUCACAUCCACAAGCGGCGUCUGGACCCUCAUCUUCGGUGCCCUCAUCGGCGUCGAGCAAUUCACCAUGCGAAAGCUCAUCGGUGUAAUCGCCUCCCUAAUCGGAAUCAUCCUGAUCUCCCGCGUCGACAUGUCCAGCCUCUCCAUCCCCACCCCCAACCCCCCACCAGACGGCAGCAUCAGCACCAGCAGCAACGAGGGCAGCACAUUCCCCCACAAAACCCCCGGCGAGAUCGCCCUCGGCGACGCCAUGGCCGGCUUCAGCGCAGUCCUGUACGGCGUGUACACGAUCGUGCUGAAAAAGCAGGUCGGGGACGAAUCCCGCGUCAACAUGCAGCUUUUCUUCGGCUUGGUCGGUCUCUUCAAUAUGUUUCUCAUGUGGCCGGGCUUCAUCGUCCUGCAUGUUUUGGGUAUUGAGACUGUCGCCUUGCCGGAUACCGGGAGGGUGUGGACGAUUAUUUUGGUCAACGCCCUCGCCUCGCUCGCCUCAGAUAUCGCCUGGGCCUACGCGAUGCUCCUAACCACUCCCCUCGUCGUAACCGUCGGACUGAGCCUCACGAUCCCGCUCUCCCUGGUCGGCCAGAUAGUCCUGCAGGGACAUUACGCCAGCGCCAUGUACUGGGUCGGAGCUACUAUCGUCUUUCUGUCAUUUUUGGUCGUGAAUCAGGAGAGUCGUGAUGCGAAUGAUGAUCAUCAUGAUGAUGGUGUUGGUGUUGGUGGUGGUGGUGGUGGUGUCGCUGGAUAUGAGACUAUUCCUGGGGAUGGGCGGGAUAGAUGAUUCAUGAUUCAUAUGGUGGGUAUGUGGGUAGUUAGGGGGGUGAGUGACUCAACGGAUACCUGCUUACCUACUACCUAUUUACCUAUCUAGCCAGAUAGUUCUUGAAGGAAAUAAGGGGGGUAUAUAGAAUUGGUUAUUGGUUAUUUACGACUUUGAUCCAAAGUAUGCGUGCGGUAUAGCGAUAUGUGAUUACUUUGGAAUUUCAGGAUGGAUAUGGAUAUGGAUAUGGAUGUGGAUAUAUAUGAAUAUGAUGGCAUCGCACAGGGAUACGAUGUGAUAUGUCU